AUGGAAGAAGCAAACCAGUCUGUGGUGCAUGAGUUCAUUUUUCAGGGACUUUGUAACUCAAAGGAGCUACAGAUCUUCCUCUUCCUCUCAUUCUCCAUACUCUACUUGAUGACUGUGGUGGGGAACCUAUUUGUUGUGCURUUAAUCAUCACCGACCCCCAUCUUCAUUCCCCCAUGUACUUCCUGUURGCUAAUCUCUCCUUUGUUGACUUCUGCCUUUCCUCAGUCACCACCCCUAAACUGACCACAGACCUCCUAAAGGAAAAGAAGACCAUUUCUUUUGGGGGAUGCAUGAGCCAGAUCCUCUGUGUGCAUUUCUUUGGAGGAGGUGAAAUGGUGCUUCUUGUGACAAUGGCCUAUGACCGUUAUGUGGCCAUCUGCAAACCACUCCAUUACUCCAGCGUCAUGGACAGACAAAAGUGCAUCUGGCUAGUUUUGAUAUCAUGGAUCAUUGGCUUUGUGCAUGCCAUGAGUCAACUGAUUAUGAUUUUGGAGCUGCCCUUCUGUGGUCCCAGAGUAGUAGACAGCUUUUUCUGUGAUAUUCCUUUAGUGCUUAAAUUAGCCUGCACGGACACUAAUACUUUGGGAAUGCUGAUAAAUGCAGACAGUGGUAUUUUGGCAACAACUUGCUUCAUUGUUUUGCUGGUGUCCUACACCUAUAUCCUGUUAACUGUCCGCCUUCACUCUGAAGGUGGUGCCUCAAAGGCCCUGUCGACCUGCACUUCCCACAUCAUAGUGGUGGUGUUGUUCUUUGGACCCUGCAUCUUCAUCUAUCUGUGGCCAGUCAGCAUCACUUGGGUGGACAAGUUUCUAGCUGUGUUUUACACAGUAAUCACACCUYUGCUUAACCCAGCCAUAUACACGCUGAGAAAUAAAGAUAUUAAGAAAGCCACAAAGAAACUAGUGAAUCAGCACGUGAAAAAGAAGGUGGUAAAUGAACUUAUUAGAAAUCUCCCAAUAUGGUUCAGUGAUUUCUAA